CUGCGAUGUUGAUUGAAUAUUUCUGAGUAUUUAUAACUGAGUAUUUCGACGUCAGUGGAGAAAUGCAACGAAAACUAUCGGUGCCCUUUUGUCUCAGAAAAAGGUCUGCCGACUUUCUCUUUCAGCUCAUAAACUAACUCCAAGAGACCUUUUCCGGUGUUGGUUCAUUUUUGACCGUCGGGGUCUUACAUCAGACUUCGAGUCGCCAAGGGCCCGAAGUAUCCAACAUGGAAGACCCGCAAGUCUGUGAACCGGACUCUCGAACCUGACCCAGAGGAUUCAUCCCUUCCGCAGACGUAUUCGGAGCGACCAAGAAGGUCCAGCACAGGCCACUCGUUCGACCUAGGUCGUAGCUUGACCUACAGUCUGAGAGGCUCCUCUUCAGGCGUCGGCGUCGCAGAACCUACCUCGAUAGACGAGAUGUAGAAGAGAAGAAGUCUCGACUGGAGAGAGGCGAUACUCGCACGUGCACCUUGGGGCAUUCACGAGUUGGCAGUCGGCUGUUGAAACCCGCCCGGUGAAUGCCUCUCGAGGCUCUCGUACGCGCGUUUUUGCCCACCUCCCGAUACACCCAAGGGGUUCGUGUUCACGCAGGAAUUUCGCAGCUUAGGGCCGUAUCGUCGCCAGGAAAUUCAGUCGCGCGAGUGUCGUCGUGCCGGCUCUUCGUCGACGACAAACCAACGACCCCUGAGCGUUCACGCGUGAUGGAGACUUUAAGGAAAGUGAAAUAUGGGACGUUCCUGCUAUAUUUCCCGUGAAUCUACUCGCCAUUCGGAGGAAGAAAUCAACGAAAACGUUAAUCGAAGCCUCUAAGAAUACAUGGAGCAGUUUGAAUAGCUUCGACGGUUCGGUGUUGUGUUUCCAUUUAGCUUUCCGCGGUCUGUGUCGGUUGCGUCCUCGGUGUAAACACUACAGGAACGCGGCAUCGUGUUAUUACUGUUUCAAGACUGCGAUUCGUUCGAUUUCUUUUCGGAAACUGUGGAAUUUGUGACUUUUCUUGGCUCGAGUGAAAAUCCGAGAGAUUGUGCAACGAAUAACAGUUCCCUCCUUAUGAAAGGCGCAAGAAGCCGUCUAGCACAAACGGGAGAAAAAUGCUCUUGAAGUAGACGAGCUCGUGAUGCGGCCUAAUAACGGUUUCAUGAAUUUUUCACGUGUCAGUGGAUCACUGGGUUCUUCAGCCGUGCCGUCUGGUUCAUUUUUUUUUUCUCUCGACAGUUCGCACGCGAGCUGUUCCAAGGCACCCAAGCACCUAGUUUCGGCUCCAAACGGCUCGAUUGGAUUUAUUUAGCGACGACGUUCGAUCGCUUGACGCAGAAAUCGGAGGGACGAGAUACAUUCAACACAAUCCGGUAGUUUGUUUGCAAAAACCUCUCGCGAAAGCUCCAACGCGAUGAAACAGACGCGAACGCAUGCGACAGGAUGCGCACGGGAGCGUUUCGAAGGGGCCCGUUCUUUUCCAUUCGAGUGCGCGGUCGAGUGUGGGAAUUUCGAGGCUGCGGCGACUGUGACACCUAACUCCAAACGGCACGAGAAACGAGACACUAAUGACAUCAUGCGAAACACCGCAAGGGCAACCGCUGCAACCGAGAAUCCCCUGACGAAAUCCUAAUCACCGUGGAUAUUUCGAUCGAAGGAAAAUCGAGAAACGCUUCUUCGUCUAACAGUUGAAAAUAAACGAUGCGCAGGGAGAGCCAAGGACGAUAAAACAGUCUAGGAUGAAAACAUUAAGGAUAAUAGAUGAAUUUACGUAUCGCGAUUACUUAACUCUUUACUCUUAAUUUUUACUGGGCCAUUGGACUUUGACGAGAAAGGAUUUAACUCUCUCGUGUUGCGUUGCGUUCGAGGAAGUGCCGGCACGCAGCUAUUUUAUAAACGCUCCUUCCGUCGAGACGUCGCCCGUAAUUACGCAAGUCUGCGAGCACAAUCGCUGAGGGCAACGACAAUGCCGUGGAUACCACGAUAUCGGUAAGACAUCGCGCAAGAAAAAUUGCUCAUUGUCUGAGGAAUGUGGGCGUAUCGGUUGCGAUAUCUAUCCGAUAAACAGACGGAACGUGCAAAGAAGAAGGAAUUAUGCGAACGCUGCUCGGGAUGCGAAUUAUGAAUUGGGCUUUUGUCGUUUCAGCGAAUCGAAAGCCGUGAAACAUUUGUGAACGCGUGAUUGGAAACGAACGUUUUCGAAAAAUUACUUGUCCGUUGUUACGUUGAUUACGGUUAAAAACGAUAGAGAUUCUAUUAAUUGACGUUUGAGUGUUACUUUAUACGCAUAGGUGACUUUGAUCGGAGGACCAUAACGUGACAGAAUCGCGCGGAUUAAAGUGUUAAAAGCCUCUUAAGAUUCAUGUUCGAAGAUAAUCGUGAGUGGAAUUGCAUUCAAGACUCAACAUUUGCGACUUGAUUUUGAGUGGUAACGCGAAAUAUACAAAAGUGAAAAAGGAACAGGCAAAAUGGGGAACACCAGGUCGCAGCCUUGCCGACGAAGUAAGUCGCUGUAUCUGUUGUACCUUAUCCAUAGAACUUGGAGCAUCGUGGCCGACCAUCGAUGGGAUCACGAUCGUUCCUACGAUACCGACCGAGAGACUAACAUAUCGUCGAGAUGCAGCGGUUGCAACGCGUGUGGUUAUCGACAGGACAGCCUUACUUUCGACAGCGAGUCGGACAUGGCGCCGAACGCGGAGGAGGAGCUGCUCGUGGUAAAACCCUGGGGACCGCAACUGGAAAAGGAGCGUCUGAGACCGCCUACGUACAACGCGGAGGACUACGCGAUCGCAUUGAGGCGAUGGGGAAGACGUCCAUUAGGAAGCGUGCAAGACUCGCAUGGUACCCUGCCGUCCACAACCAGUUCGAGUUCCGGUUACGCUUCCGGAAGCGGCGAGAUGACCUUGAGACAAUUCACGUCGGUCAGCGAGCUCCUGAACAAGCUUAGAGCGGACCUGAGGCUGGCGUUUCCAAGCUUUGUUCAAGAAUUCGCCUCGCCACCUGCCGAUGGAAUCACCUUAUUGUUGGAGACAUUGCGAGGUGUUCAGCUGGCCCAAAGUUCACCACCGUCCUCUGGUCACACGGGCCCAAGAGUAGGCACCAGACGAGCUGCUUUGGACGAGUUAGGUUGCGUCGAGUGUCUGGCUGCCUGCGCCGAACGAUGCACCGAUGCACCCAGGCUUCUGGUGCAAGCUCAACCCGGUCUUCUUGCUUUGGCAGUCUGUCUGACUAGUAGCUUGAACCGGUCCCGAGUUCUAGCUCUCCAGCUACUCACGAAGGUUUGCCAAGCUCCAGGUGGCCACGCAGCUGUCUCGGAAGCAGUUUCUACGUUGAGGUUGAAGUACGGCGAGGGUGGACGAUUUCGAUUCCUGGCUGGUGCACUUCUGGCUCCCAGAGCAGCGAUUGCACUGAGAGUCGCAGGAGUUUCGUUUUUGAACGCUUUCCUGAAAUCUGCACCACGAACGCAAACCAGAUUAUACAUUCAGGCCGAAGCCUGCGAAGCUGGACUAGAGCCGCAGGUUCUUCAAGAAUGGCUGAAAGAAUUGGACGGCAGAGAGGAGGACGCUUUGAACGAUCUUCUACAUAAGGAGGUGCAGAGAUGGGCGCACAACUGUGUCGACGUGGACGUCCUGCAGCGAAGAGUCGUACGUGCCGAGGAAACCUGUAGAAUUCUCAGUAAAAAAGUUUCGGCUCUGCAGACCGAGCUCCAGCAGCUUCAGCUGGAGAAGCUGAACACUUACAACCUGGAGGACCGUGAAAAGGUGACGGUGCUCGGUGCGAAGCAGUCGCUGAAAGUGUCGUCGAACGCCGAGGACGAGGGCAUCAGUUCGUCGGAGAGGUCGAGCAGUCCAGAGAACACGAAACAUCAGCUGCGUGGAAACCAUCAAAAGCUGAAUCCAUCGCCGGACAACGACCAGGAGACGACGAUAGAAGACGUUAUCGAGGAGCUAAGGAUCAUCGUGAAGGACGCCGAAGAGGAAUUCGACGAGAAGAGCCACGAACAAAGUCGGAUAGACCACGUCGCAAAUCAGGAUCUUCCUUGCAACGACCGCGCCUCCAAGACCAAACUGUACAACAAUUCCGACACGUUCGACAAGGUGCUGAAGAGAGAUCAACAAACGAAUGGCAAACUCCCAAAGUCCAACGCGGAAUCCAGCGUUUCUCAGAAUGUGAUAAAAGGUGAGCAGGUAACAUACUUCGGUAACGAUCGAGACUACAGUUUAAAUUCGAGCGACGUUAGGCAGCUCAGCUCUGAAACGCGAAGAGUUUCAAAAUCUUCCGUGGAAGGCAGCGUGAAGAUUGUCGUGAAAGGACCGGAUGUCGAGGACGCCAUCGUCCCGACUAUUUUGUACCCUCAGCCGCCUAGAAGAUCGCCGCCGUGUUUGGCGACUAUCAUGGCGGCGAGGAACGGCGACUUCGUUGAUCACGAAGGGACCUAUAACUCUCACGACGAAGAAAUCGAAGAGGAAACUUUGGGCGAUGGCAGCGAUUCCCUCCUCAGCGCUUCUCGGUUGAAAUACAACGGGAAGAGUCCGGUUUACGAAGAACAGAUCAGAAACACCAGAGUCGAUCGCUUUCGGAAAUCAGUCGCAAAGGAAACCGAUAACGAGGACGACGAUAAAUCGAAGAAGGGCUUCGACGAUUUUCGUCUCCGACGCUUCAGCGAGAGCGAGAUCAAAGACAAGAAGUCGAUCAGAAGUUUUGAGAACACGUACAGCCUGAAAAGUAGAGCGACGAACGAGUCGAGGUCGAACAAUAGAGCAACGGACGGGUUCGUUCAGAGGCACAGCUCGAAAUACAGAAGCGAAGUAGAAAAAAGGAAACUGCUGCGCAGAUCCGCCAGUCACGAUUACCUUGAAUCGAGCGCGUCGAGUCCCCGAUCGAGGAGGUCUGGUAGGAGCAGGGUGGAGAGCCACAUCAGAAAGUUCGAAAGUCUGAACUCGUUCGACGAGCAUCGGAGUCUUCAGAGCUACGGCCGGCCAGAAAGUUCGGAGAACUUGAACAAACAAGAGCAGCAAUUCUUCGGGGAUGAGAGUUCCCGAUCCAGGAUGCGCAGAUCCGAGUCCUUUCAUCAUGUAUCCCACGUUGCCAAGAAAGAUCAGUGCUCUUCGCGAGGAGGAAGCGACAGUGGACUGUUUUACGUAACGGAUUUCAAUCUGGAGCCGCUUGUAACGCGAAGACCAAGGUCUAUCGAGGCUCCAAAAUCGCCCAGUCUGCUGACAAAGUCUUUGGACAGAAUUGACGAGGGUCUGGAUUCGAUGGUCGACAUCGUUAUCACGGAAGAGAAAAAUCAAUGGAGCUCAAACAAGUACCAGUCGAAAACAAAGAAGACUCGCGAUGACAGACAACUAGUCAGAUCGAGAUCUAGUAGACUGGAAGACACCAGGAGUUGUCAUGAACUAGGAACGAAAGUAAGGAAGGGAGAAUCUAGAAGCAAACAUUUGAAGAACGAUGAGUUCUACUCUACGCAAAUCAACAACAAGCAACUGAGAAACGACGAGUUGUACGAGGAGCGGAGAAAUCGUGAAUGGAAUUGUCAGAAUGAGUUGAAUUCUGCUAGGAAGAAUGCUGACUUGGACUUCGAUUGUACCCCCGUGAUAUUGACGAAAAAUGGAGUGAGACACAACUCAUUCAGUCAGAGUGAGAAUAUUGGCAGUAGGUUUUCAAACCGAUCCAAGGAUUCGGGGAUUUUCUCUGGACGAACUUACGACACGUUUGGUCUAGGAAAGAGUCGAUUCAAUGCCAGCAAAUACACCGGAAAUAAACAAAUCAAGGAGAAUCCGAUCGGAAGAAGGAACACGACAUCAUCCGUAAUUGGAAGCCGUGGAAAGGUCACCGAUGUCGUAUCAGGACUUUAUUAAAAACAACCUCUUGAGUGGUGAAUAUUCUUGGUCAAAGUAAUUGUCGAAUACGGAAUACUUUCUUCCUAGUGUGAAAUCUGUCAAACGAAUGUACAAGGCAAUAUAACGUUACAAUCGUAAUUUUUCUAUGCCAGAUUAAAUAAUAAACAGAAAUUCUUUUCGAACAGUAAUUAUUUGAUUAAAAACAUUAAAACAUGAAGCGUAUCUUAACUUCAAGGUUAAUGAAUCUAAAAAUCUACGUAUAUGCGUUCAUUGCACUCAAAGGAUUAAUUUUCAUUAUUUCUCAUCUCGCGAAAUAUGGCGUAAUAUAUUGUGCACGAUAAAAUAUUUUUUUUUUUGUACACGCUUUGAUUACAAAAAAAUGUGCGUGACUUUCCUCCAAAUAUUCGUAUAUCUUUUAAUGUAUUCGUUGUAAACAAACAUUGAAAUUAAGGAAUAUCGUUAAGUUUGCUGUAUUGUUUAUCGCAGUUCAAUGAACGUGUCGCUUCGGUGCAAUAUUUGUAAUUGUUACCAGCAAAAUCGAAAAUUGAAUUUAUGUUGUACACAAAACAUGUGUCCGUUUUCAUUACGAAGAUAGGUAUUUUGGUGAUGGACAGUUACACCUUUUUGAUGGAUUGUGCAAUACAUUCUUCACUACACGUAACUGCAUCUCUGUAAUUAUAUCGCGCUAAAGAGAAGACUGUAAUUUAUAAACGUUUAAAUAAGAAUGUACAUAAUACUACCGAAAGAACAAAAAGUAGGUCAGAGAACAUCAAAAUAGUUAUAAUAUAAGAAUAAAUAUUGGCUAUAUUAAAAAAUGCCGUACGUGUAGCUUUGCUAUUAUUGUACAUGAACGUUUUCUUUUAACUUAUUUACUUACGCUAAAACGACGUUGUAUUUAUGUUCUAAAAUUUAAUAAAAUUCCUACCCUUGAGAUAACAUCUAUUUUGUAAUGCUAUGCUGAAACGAAAAGUAGAAAGUGUAACCCAUAAAUAAUAACACAAUUGAAUUCAAGGUAUACCAUGUCAUUUAUUUAUUGUUAACGCAACAAACGUAGAAAAAUAGAAUUUAUAACAAUAUAUUUCAUUUAUGUAUAUAUUUACAUUUACAACUCAUAUAAAAUUUGUCAUGGUAUCGCACACUCAUAACUGUAUUAUAUGGCCGAUGAUUUUCCUAACAACUCAUGUUUAAUAAAUAUUUGUCGUUUUAACUUUA